AUGGAAAGUCCAUCAUCCGGCACUGCUACUCCGGUCGAUGUGGAAAAUGGCUUUGGAAAUAUUCGAAAGCGUCUGACAGUGACAUUUCGAGAUCUCAACGUUCGAGUUACGGCACCCGAUGCCGCACUUGGAAGCACAUUGUGGUCGGAAAUCGACCCUCGUCAGCUCGGCAGCCUCUUGAACCGAACAAAGAAGCCAAAGAGGACCAUUCUGAAAGACGUCUCUGGUCAAGUGAAACCGGGAGAAAUGCUUCUGGUCCUCGGUCGUCCUGGCUCGGGCUGCACCUCGCUUCUUCGUGUUCUUUCAAAUGAUCGAGACACCUUUGAUGAAAUCAGCGGUGAUACUCGAUAUGGAAGCAUGGGUCACAACGCUGCAAAAAGGUUCCGUCAACAAAUCAUGUUUAACAACGAAGAUGACCUCCAUUUUCCUACUCUUACCGUCAACCGAACCAUGAAGUUUGCGCUCCGAAACAAAAUUCCCAAUGAGCGACCAGAGGAGCUGACGGACCGAAGCAACUUCGUGCUGGAGAAGCGAAAUGAAAUCCUUCAUUCGUUGGGAAUCGGACACACGAAGAAGACUCUAGUUGGUAAUGAAUUCAUUCGCGGAGUAUCUGGAGGUGAACGGAAGCGCGUCUCAUUGGCAGAGGUCCUGGCUGGACAAAGCCCUGUUCAGAUGUGGGAUAACCCGACCCGGGGGUUGGAUUCGAAAGCUGCCGUGGAGUUUGCUCGCAUGCUUCGACGCGAGGCGGACCAAAACGACAAGACCAUUAUCACAACUACCUACCAAGCAGGCAAUGGCAUCUAUGACGUAUUUGACAAGGUUCUUGUUCUUGCAGAGGGCAAGGUCACAUUCUACGGCCCGCGCAGCAUGGCUAAAGAAUAUUUUGAAUCGUUGGGUUUCAUCUGUCCAAAAGGUGCCAACAUUGCGGACUUUCUCACCUCAGUCACCGUACUCACCGAGAGAGUCGUUCGCCCAGGAUGGGAAGAAAAGGUACCCCACAUCCCUGAAGAAUUCGAAGCGCUCUAUCAUAGUAGCUCCAUAUACACCAACCAGAUGGCCGCUAUGGAGACCCCGGAGAAGUUAUCCCACGAAACGGAAGAUCUUGAGGUCGCCGUUUCAACCGAAAAGCGAAAGCAACAUCUUCCUCGGACGCAAAGUGUUUACACGGCUGGAAUCUGGCGCCAAGUUGCUUCCUGCACUGUUCGGCAGUUCCAAAUCAUGUGGGGUGAUAAGUUCUCCCUGAUUGUCAAGGUAUUUUCAGCUAUUAUCCAGGCUCUAGUCUGUGGAUCUCUCUUCUACAACCUCCCUGACGACAGCUCUUCCAUCUUUAUGCGCCCGGGAGUGCUAUUCUUCCCUGUUCUCUACUUUCUUCUCGAGUCAAUGUCCGAAACCACCGCGUCAUUCAUGGGACGUCCAAUUUUGUCUCGUCAAAAGCGAUUUGGGUUUUAUCGACCAACGGCAUUCUGCAUUGCCAAUGCCAUGACAGACAUUCCAGUGGUUGUUAUUCAAGUUACUUGCUUUUCGUUAGUACUGUACUUCAUGGCCGCUUUGCAGAUGGAUGCUGGUCGCUUUUUCACAUUUUGGAUCAUCAUCAUUGCCCAGACACUUUGCUUCAUUCAGCUUUUCCGCGCUGUCGGCGCCGUCUGCAAGCAGUUUGGAAAUGCUUCCAAGAUUUCCGGCCUGCUUUCUACCGUGUUUUUCGUCUACGGAGGUUAUCUGAUACCCUUCCAUAAGAUGCAUGUCUGGUUCCGCUGGAUUUUCUACCUGAAUCCCGGAGCUUACGCAUUUGAGGCCCUUAUGGCGAACGAAUUUGUUGGACGAGAAUUCCGAUGCAUCGAGCCUGAUUAUAUUCCCUACGGUCAAGGGUACCCAAGCUCUGCAUCUCCAUACCGAGGAUGCUCUGUUCUUGGGAGCAACCAAGAAGGCAUAAUUGAUGGAGCGGCUUAUAUCCGAGAACAGUACAAUUACUCUUUCGAUCAUAUCUGGCGCAGUUUCGGAAUCAUCGUUGGCUUCUGGGUGUUCUUUAUCUUCCUGGCCUCGCUGGGUUUCGAAUUACGCAACAGCCAGGUCGGUUCUUCUGUUCUUCUUUAUAAGCGUGGCAGUAAACCAAACCGACAAACCGACGAGGACAAGGUCAUCAGCCGAAGCCCUGCGGAUCUGGGUUCGGUUUCGGGCUCGGUGAAGCACUCAACGUUUACUUGGAACGAGCUCGACUACUACGUACCAUUUAACGGAGAAAAAAAGCAGCUUCUGGACAAAGUGUUUGGCUUUGUCAAGCCAGGGCGUCUGGGUGCCCUGAUGGGAGCUUCUGGAGCUGGCAAGACAACGUGGGGAGCAUUCGGGUUUCUAAAUUCUUCGAUCAGUGCUAACAAGGACCUCGACAGGUUACUGGAUGUUUUUGCUCAACGAAAGGACUCCGGUGAGAUUACUGGAUCAAUCCUCAUCGAUGGACGUCCACAGGGCGUAAGCUUUCAGCGUGCGACCGGGUAUUGUGAGCAGCUGGAUGUACACGAGAAAACCGCAACCGUCAGGGAAGCACUCAUUUUUUCUGCGCUUCUCCGACAACCCUCACAUGUUUCACAUGACGAAAAGGUUAAUUAUGUCGAUCACGUCAUCAAUCUUCUGGAGCUUGGCGACAUCAGCGACGCCCUCAUUGGAGUACCUGGUGCGGGCCUCAGUAUCGAGCAGCGGAAGCGUGUGACCCUGGGCGUUGAGCUUGUGGCAAAGCCUGCUCUGCUUUUCUUGGACGAGCCCACUUCAGGCCUUGAUGGACAAAGCGCAUUCAAUAUCGUGAGGUUUUUGAGGAAGCUUGUGGAUGGCGGACAGGCCGUUUUGUGCACCAUUCAUCAACCUUCUGCAGUUCUGUUCGAUGCUUUUGAUGGACUUCUUUUGCUGGCAAAGGGUGGCAAAAUGACGUACUUUGGAGAAACCGGUAAAGAUUCUAGCAAAAUUUUGGAAUACUUCGAACGAAAUGGCGCCCCAUGCCCGCCCGAUGCUAAUCCAGCGGAACAUAUCAUUGAGGUUGUUCAAGGGGCCACAACUCAAAAGAUCGACUGGGUUGACGUUUGGAAGAACUCGGAUGAGCGCAAAGUUGCUCUUCAGGAACUGGAAGCUCUCAAUGAAUCCGGAAGAGCUGAUCCCAACUAUGUGGAGGAUACCGCGGAUUACGCAACUUCUCACUGGUAUCAAUUCAAGAUGGUCGCUAAACGCCUCACUGUCCAAAUCUGGAGAUCACCGGAUUACAUGUGGAACAAAAUAAUUCUUCACAUUUUUGCAGCAUUGUUCAGUGGAUUUACAUUCUGGAAGAUUGGACACGGAACUUUCUCUCUGCAAUUGCGACUCUUUGCCAUCUUCAAUUUCAUCUUUGUUGCCCCGGGUUGUAUCAACCAGAUGCAGCCUUUUUUCUUGCAGAACCGAGAUAUUUUUGAGACUCGUGAAAAAAAGGGUUCGUUUACAUCCCAAGAUUUUGGUCUACCAUUCUUUCCGGUUUCCAAGUCCAAAACCUACCAUUGGAUUGCUUUCAUUGGAGCUCAGACCGUCACCGAAAUUCCAUAUUUGAUCAUCUGCGCCACGCUCUACUUCUUGUGUUUCUACUUCACAGCAGGCUUUCAAACUCUCCCCGGCAUUUCCGGUCAUUUCUAUUUGCAGAUGAUCUUUUACGAGUUCUUGUACACUUCCAUCGGUCAGGCCAUUGCAGCAUAUGCUCCGAACGAAUACUUUGCUGCUGUGAUGAAUCCUGUUUUGAUCGGAGCUGGCCUGAUCAGUUUUUGUGGUGUGGUUGUUCCAUACAGUCAAAUGCAACCAUUCUGGCGGUACUGGAUCUAUUACCUCGAUCCAUUCACAUACCUUGUCGGCGGUCUUCUUGGAGAAGUACUUUGGGACGUCAAAGUUCAAUGCGAGCCGUCUGAAUAUGUUCAAUUCGUUGCCCCUGCUGGACAGACCUGCGGAGGAUACAUGGCAGAUUUCCUUGAAUCCCAGACGGGCUACCUGCUAGACGCAAAUGCCACAGGAACUUGCUCAUUCUGCCAGUACUCCCAGGGUGCCGACUACGCCAAGUCCUUCAACUUGCGCGAAAAAUAUUAUUCGUGGAGAGACACUGCCAUCACCGCACUGUUUUGUAUCUCGUCAUAUGCUUUGGUCUUUCUGAUGAUGAAACUCCGCAGCAAGAAGACCAAAAGCGCUCGGUCUGAGUAA